AUGAGGUCUCUAAUGUCUGCUAGAAACGUCUCGCUCUUGAGCCUUACUAUGGGCGUAGCUGCGGCAGUGGAUUAUUCUCAAUAUGUGAAUCCGUUCAUAGGCUCUGAAGGACCCUUUCCAGGACAGGGGUAUGGUGGAGGCGAUAUCUUCGUCGGCGGUGCUCGACCCUUUGGCGUAGCCAAGGUGGGCAUCGACACCACCGCGGCGAACUGGAGCAUGGCCGUGCUGAAUGGAGGCUGGUCUCCAGACGGAAAUGUGACUGCCAUAACGAUGAUGCAUGAGAGCGGCACUGGCGGUGCUCCCAAGUACGGAAUCAUUCCACAAAUGCCCUUGACGCACAUCGAUCCACCAGUAAACAUCCUUGACAAUUUGACGUAUAGUCAGCCGAGGGUCGGUCACGAUACAGCUAGUGUAGGAUAUUUCAAGACGCAACUGCAAAAUGGAGUUCAGAUAGAAUUAUCGGGCUCUCGCCACGCUGGAAUCAUCGAGUACAGCUUUCCCGCAGGUGAUAAACACAUCCUGGUCGAUGUCUCUCACUAUCUUCCGGGAUCCCCAAAUGAUCCAAACAGUCAAUUCUAUGUUGGUGGAGAGAUCCAUAUCCUUGACAAUGGACAGGCGUAUUCAGGCUACGGAACAUACAUCGGGGGCUGGAAUAAUGGCGCCCCUUUCACAGUUUAUUUCUACGGAGAAUUUGACAAGGCACCAGGAAGUGCUCGAGUAUUUAAAGGGCCAAACACAGAUCCAAUGCGAGGGUAUCAGGGCCUUGCAAAUGGGCAGUCAAGUUUCCCCGUCUAUGGCAACUUGACCAACACAGCGUCGUCGGGGCCGAUGAAUGACCGUGUGGGCGGGAUAUUCAGUUGGAACACUCAUGAAGAACUGAGCAUUAGCUCAAGGGUAGGAAUCUCCUUUAUCUCGUCAGAAAAGGCACAUUCGUAUAUCCGCAACGAGAUUCCGUCAUGGAGACUCAACGACACGGUAGACGCGGCCCUCGAAGAAUGGAACAACGAUGUCUUCAGCAAGAUUCAGGUCCCGCUAGAUGACACGGCGAACUUGACAAACGUGCGGUUAUUGUACAGCUCACUCUACUUUAUUCACCUGAUGCCGUCUGAUAGGACGGGCGAGAAUCCACUCUGGGAAUCAGGCGAGCCCUCAUGGGAUGAUUUUUACACUCUUUGGGACAUAUUUCGGUGUACCGUUAGCUUCUACCAUAUCUUCCAGCCCGUUUACUACGAGUCAAUGAUCCGCGGAUUAAUCGACAUAUGGAGACAUCAAGGCUUCCUCCCCGAUGGCCGCUCUGGAAAUUGGAACGGUCUUGUACAGGGUGGCUCUAAUGCUGACAACGUCCUAGCCGACGCAUACGUAAAGGGCCUUCGCGGUGCAAUAAACUGGACUGAUGGUUAUGCCGCCAUGAAGACGAAUGCAGAGGUAGUACCCUACAAUACCCACGAUCCAACCGACUUCACUGCCAGUACGAAAGAAGGCCGCGGGGCGCUGGUCGAUUGGCUCGAGCUCGGCUAUGUCUCCCAAGACCGAAGUACGCGCUGCAUUUCGCGGACGGUGGAGUAUAGUCUGAAUGAUUUUGCAAUUAGCCAGGUUGCAGCGGGUGAGAUGUCGAGUGACCAGGAGAAACACCUGCGUCGCUCGGCAGGCUGGCAGGCAAUAUGGAAUCCGGACGUGGAGAGUCUUGGUUUCGAUGGCUUUCUGGCGCCGAAGUUCUCAAAUGGAAGCUUCAAUAAUUCGGGGUAUGAUCCGCUCUAUUGUUAUGGGUGUGAGUGGAGUGACUAUACUUAUGAAGGAGUUCCUUGGGAAUACUCUUUCGUGAUCCCGCACGACAUGCAAACCCUAGUCGACCUCAUGGGCGGUUCGGAGACCUUCGAAGCACGACUGGACCUCAUGGUACGUACCAUAAAUCUCCUUCACAUAAUUCACCCUCGGCCCCAAUGGCGCAGGAAUAACAACUCUCAUGAACAUAGGGUACUCCUCUCUCCCACGCAGAUUUAUAUAAACGAACCCGACUUCGCCACGCCGUAUCUCUAUAACUACAUAAAUAAGCAAUACAAAUCCGUCCAACGGACGCGGGAGCUCGCUAAUCAGUACUUCCACGACACUCCCUACGGAAUCCCGGGGAACUCCGAUGCUGGGGCAAUGAACACCUGGCUCCUCUGGUGCAUGCUGGGAACAUAUCCCAUAGUCACAACGGACGUCUACCUGCUAGGUUCGCCGUGGUUCAAUGACCUGAACAUGACAAUCAACGGUAAUAACACGCUAAGAAUUCGCGCUACGGGGUUAGAGGAUGGGGUCUACGUGCAGAGUGUCAAGAUCAACGGGGAGAAGUGGACGAGAAAUUGGUUUGAGCAUGGGGACGUUAUGCGGACCGGCGGGGUAAUUGAGUUUGAGCUUGGAAGCGAACCCGUCGUCUGGGAAGAAGGAGACGUGCCGCCAAGUCCCGGACAUGUCGAAGUCUGAAUGGGUAUGAUUAGGGGGCAGAGGAAGAAGGCUUGUAGGCACUACUCUUCCUAGAGACAGUCCUUGGGCCAUCCCUGAGAAAGCGAGGCUCAAGCCGCUAGCUCAAAGUAUGAUGGUAGCCACAACAAAGCCU